CACUGAGCGCGGAAUUGAGCUCGGCUUGAAAGGGCUGAACACUUACAGCAAGGCACAGCGUCCACCAGAGAGUAUUGAAAAGGAGCUGCCUGGGGACUGGUCGCCAAAGACGGAAUAAAUCAGUAUAGAAUAACUGUUUCAUAUAUACUAUAUACGUGACACGAAUAAAUAAAAUACGGAAAUGUUUGAGAAUUUCAGAGAAAGAUUGCAUACGGUGCAGCAAGACUUUUCAACUGGGAUGAAAACUCUGAGCAACAAAUCAAAGAGGAGAGAUGGCACUCUCCCAGAGUUCUCUGCAGGUGGGGAGAUUCUCAACCGGUAUGAAGACAUGUGGGUGGCCCUGCACGAAGGAGGGAGUGAGUGCGCUAGAGGCGCAGAGGUGUUGGAUGGAGAUGUGGCGGUGCUCUUGGCGCACUGGGAGAAGAGGAGGGCGGUGCUGAUAGAGCUCCAGGAACAGCUCAGAGAGGUCCCCAACUUUCUCAGCGACCUGGCAUCCAUCACCUCCCACAUUGCGCACAUGGAGGCCGACUUCGAGGAGAUGGAGAGUCUCCUGAUGCAUCUGGAGAACCUGUGCGGUCAGUGUGAGCUGCAGCGUGCCAAGCACCACCAGGACGCGCAGCUGGAAGGCUACAAGAAGAAGAAGAGGAAAGAUCUGGAACACCUCAAAGCGGAGCUGGAUUCUGAGCAUGCUCAGAAGGUUGUGGAGACGGAGCACGCUCAGCAGGUGAAGCUGAAGGAGAGGCAGAAGUUUUUUGAGGAGGCUUUCCAGCAGGACAUGGAGCAGUACCUGUCCACGGGGUACCUGCAGAUCGCCGAAAGGAGAGAGCCAAUAGGAAGCAUGUCUUCGAUGGAGGUGAACGUGGACAUGUUGGAGCAGAUGGACCUCAUGGACAUGUCGGACCACGAGGCCCUGGACGUCUUCCUCAACUCCGGGGGAGACGAUAACAGCGUAGCCUCACCAAUGCUGGGCCCGGAUUCGGAGCCCUUCCCCGCGGAGAUCACGCUGAGGGUGCCCACGCAGGCGGAGCUGAGGCAGAAGCUCUCCUCCCUCUCCUCCACCUGCACCGACUCCGCCAGCCCGGAGACGGAGGGGGGCGAGGAGGCCGAGCCCCCGCUCGUCCAGCCGGACGAGGAGGAGGUCCAGGCCGACGCGGCGCUGGCGGCGCUGCCCGAAGGCCGGCCGCCCAAGGACUCGGACGACAGCGACUCGCCGGCCACAUAGAGCCUGGGCAAAGGACCGGACCGCCAUUUAAAAAAAAAAAAAAACUACAACGUGCGCUCGCCACGCAAGGAGUCUUCAAUCAUCUGUGUUCUCUGCUUAUUAUUUUUGUAAAGAAACUCUGUCUGGUAAUGCCCAACAGUACUGUGUGGUAAUGCGAUCUCCCCCUCUCUUCCCCUCACAAAAUAUGAACCUUCUCUGUCCCCCUGAACACUAGCCCAGUAUCAAUUAAUUUAAUGAGCUAAGCAAACAUCACUUACAUGGUCUUCAAUGAAAGCUAAAAAAUGCUUAAAUGGUCUUCAGUGGCCACAUUUUUUCACUACAUAAGACAGCAAUUUAAAAGUUGAAAGCUACUUUUGGGUUUCUGGGUUAUAUUACUUGUUAAAACUGUGCAUAAAUUGUGUUGUUCAUUUUUGAUGCCCUUCAAUAAUAUAUUAUUUUCUACGGACAGUAGAAAGACCAAAAACUCUGGUUUACUCUUGACUGAGCAUCCAUAGCCUACUGCCGAGUUGCUUUUAAGAUGUGAUGGUCAUUAAAACAGUUGUGCCGUUCCUUACAAUUGACACAAAGAAACUGAGGCCUCGUGUACUACAAACGCGUCAAGCUACAAACUUGUGACUCUUUCAUUUGAACCAAUCGGCCAUGUCUUGACAAGAAGAGCAGCUUUUAUUGGUUAAUAAACCCUAGCAACUUACAGCACAUAACUCCACCCAUUAACGGGUUUGUGUAGCUUUGAUAACUAUAUAAGAUACCUGACCUACAAGAGACCGUAAAAACUGUAGCAGUUUGGAAAUACAGGUUCUCCGGCAGAUGUCUAAUGCAUUGUUGAAUUAUGCAAAUCCUAUGCAGAAAAAUAUAAAUUUAAUGCUUAUGUUUUGUGAAUAUGUUGUUGGUGAGACUACUGUAUGGGUCCCAAGAGCCUCAGCCAAUACAGGUGCUUGCCGGGAGUUCAGGGCGGGGGCUCCGUCGAAAAGGUUGAACGGUUUGCCGACUUACCAGGAGACUGCAGCGAUGGGGCUCCACCCAGGGUUCCUUGGCUUUCUGCUGCAGUAGUUCCUCCAAAUGGUACAGCAUACACCCACAGGCUACCAGCUGUCUGCUAUAGCAGUGUGCAUUUCCUCCUCUCAGGACUGGCCUCUUUGGAAUGCUUGUGGUCUGUGUAAAACAGUGUUACCCACACUUUUGUCUACUUAAGUGCGUGUUCAUGCAGCGUGAGUAAGUGUGCAAGACUGUCCCAUGUCUAAAAAACGACAACACGCAGUACACUCAGCCCACACUUAAUGCACCCUUACCCUAAUGUUGCUUGGGACUGGUAUUUGGAGCCAGGUGUAUCUCACAAUUCACCAAGUUCAAAGAGUCUUCCCAAAUGGAGGUGUCCCCAAGAUGACAGGGAAGAAAAUAUUCCUAUUUAAGUUUCCACUGUAGCACAUAUUAUUGGUCCAUAUAUACAGUAUGUCCACAUGUCUAGUAUAAAUUAGAAUGAAUUUCAAUUUAUCUUUACAGAGGUUAGCCUCCUGUUGCUAUAACAGCAUCCAGCACAAUUUCAUGCUGUAGUAAAUUACCCCACAUUUUUUGCAUGUGCAGUGACCAUCCUCCGCACAGGUAACCAAGUAGCCCCCUGACUGAGUGCAAAGCCUACAAGUGUGAGGGAUGGGACAGGGCCAGUAACCGGCUUGGAGGAAAGCACACUAACAAUGCCCGACAUCCAGGCAUAACUGGGUUAAGGACUGGGCACAACUCACGUUUCUAAAUAAGGGGGAGAAAUUGGGGAUUUUUUCCCUUCCAACAAAAUGACAGCAAUGCAGCACAAGUUUGAGAAUUCUUGAAAAAACAAGCCGUUGUAACUGAUUUUGUAAAUAUCUGAUAUUGGCAAAAAUAUUUGGAUCCCCCAUUUCUUAAAUUCCCCUAAUGAUCUCUAAUUUGGAACUGACAGUUGGCUCUUGAUAAAACAAAUUGUUCAGAUUAAGCUAAACAGAGCAAACUGUAAUGGCCAUUAAAUUAAUUUCAGCGAAAGAAAGCAGUGUUUGUAGAGAGCAAAGAAUAAAAACUACAACAGUGACAGCCACACAGACACUGGAGGCACAAACCUGCUCCAAGAAAGAAGAAAGAACACAGAGAAAUGUCUGUAAGUUUUUAUUAAACCUUAAAAGUACAAACUCGAAAAGUAAAAAAACAAAAAAAAAAACAAAAACAAAAAAAAAUAAAA